AUGGCCGCCGACCAGACCGGCGGUGAUAAUACAUCCGCAAAUGGAGAUCUUUGGUGGACAGAAAGAAUUCUUCACGAAAUACAAGCGGAACAUCCGGGAGAAUUAGUGAGAACGGGAAGCCCUUAUUUUUUGUGUUCUGUUUUGCCCACCCAUUGGCGUUCUAAUAAGACAUUACCCAUCGCGUUUAAAGUCGUCGCUUUGGGAGACGUUAUGGAUGGUACAAUUGUGACUGUGAGAGCCGGAAAUGACGAAAAUUGUUGUGCGGAACUGAGAAAUUGUACGGCGGUUAUGAAAAAUCAAAUUGCAAAAUUUAACGAUUUGAGAUUUGUUGGAAGAAGCGGAAGAGGGAAAAGUUUUACAAUAACAAUAACGAUAAGCAGUUCUCCUCCUCAAGUUACCACCUAUACAAAAGCAAUUAAAGUCACCGUCGAUGGUCCAAGAGAACCGAGAUCAAAAACAAGAGCAACACAAUACACAAUUCACACUUCAAUUAACCUUUAUUUCAAAUACGUUCACCUUAAAAGAUUUCAUUAA